AUGGAAGAAGGAGAAGAAGAAUUUGUUGAACUGGAAGAGAAAGUAAGUGGAGAGUGUGAUGAUUUGGAAGUGAUAGGAGAAGAAGAUGAUUAUCGUUAUGAUUUGGAAGAGAAAGAAAACGAGGAUUGUUUUGGCUUGAAGGAAAUUGAUGAAUAUAGUGGUGAUUUGAAAAAGAUUUUGGAAGAAAAAGGUGAUGAGCAAGGAAUUUUGGAAUAUAAAUUGGAUGUGUUUGAGAAGGACCCUGAAAAGGAAAUCCAACCAACACGAGACAAAUUUAAAGUUUUGAAAGAAAAUGAAAAUAUUGUUGAAAAAAGAAAGAUGUUAAGGUUAAAAUUGAGGGAAGCAAUAAUUUUGGCAAGGCUUCGAUGUGAUCUUGCAGGAAAAGAAAUUUUAUGGAAUAAUUUUGGAGAAGAUUUUGGAUAUGGAAUUUUGAAAAGAAAAAUCACGGGACGAUUUUUUCUCGGAGUUCGGAGGUGUCUGAACGUUGAAAAACUGAUCACGUUGAUCAGAGUCUCUGAACUUUCUAGGAAUUUUCUGAAGGAGAUAAACCGAAGAAUGCUUGAAUCAAAGCCGGUGAAAGUCUUGUAUCUUGUCUCGGUGACAAAACAAGACGUAAUUCGCGACUCAAAAGGUGUUGAAAUUGAAAAAGAUUGGAAGAAAAGGAAAAGGAAGGAAGGAAAAGGACUGGUAGAAUCGGUUUCGGUGACCGAAAUUCUCACCAUUGGAGUCCUAAUGGAAACUUUUCAUCGAAGAUCGGGUUCCUUAAAUCGAGUCGGCCUCGAGAACCCUAUGAUCACUUUGACACUGAGAAUCCCCAAGAGCAACAAAAGAAAAGAACUACCUCGCCACCCAAGACCUUUCGCGAAAACAGACCGAACUAGAAGAUCUUAUUCUGACGUCGAGGACGCCGUCAUCUGA